AUGCCCCGCUCGCGCCGUGCCGUAGCGUUUGGGCGUUCAUCAUCGACCGAAGAAUUCCUACUUGGACCCGAAGAGUCCUCUCCUUCUCCACCACCACGCCAGGCGCGUCAAACCAUGGCGUCGACGCGCACCCGGGUGUCCGUGUGCGCCAUGCUGGCCAUGGCGCUCGACGGCCUCGGCGUUGCCAUGACCAAGGCAUCGCAGACCUUUCUCAUCGAGCAGGCCCUCUGUCGCGCUUUCUACACUGCGCACGACCCUAACAUCGUGGGCCCCGAUGGCGACGUCCCCGAGGCCAUGUGCAAGGCGGAGCCGCUGCAGUCACAAGUCGCCUUCCUCUCCGCCUUGCUCGACUUCUCCAUUCUCAUUACCUGCUUCCUUGUUGGCCCCAUAUACACCCGGCUGGCGUCUGUGGUGGGCAAGAGGAAUGUUCUUUUCAUCAACACAACCAGUUUUGCGCUGCGCAUGGCGUGGAUGGCCACCUUCAACCUCCUCACCGCGAUCCUGAUCGGGACUAUGUCGCUCGGUUCAUUUAUCGGCGCCAGCCUCCUCGACAUCAACGCCUUCAUCACCUGCGGCUUGAUCGUCGCCGUCUACGUCGCGUUAAUACCGCUCAUUGCCCUCUUUCCGUCCGACGACCCCGCCGCGGAUCGGAUCGACGACACGGAUGAUGGUUCGGUAGAGGAACGUAGUUCCCUGAUGCCGGCCGACGCCCCGGCGACGUCGGUGCCGCCCAGUGUUUCUUCCUCCCCAACGGGAGGACCGAGCGGUGAUAUCGAAGCACACAAGCCACCGGAGGGGCCAGCACCGACCGUGCUGCACGCCCUCCUGCGCACCGUGACGGUCGACCUCCGCUAUUCUAUCGAGCUCGUUAUGCAGACAAUACGCCAUCCGUUCACGCGCCGGGUCAUGUUGCUGUACUUUGGGUCCACGUUGGCUAUGUGCAUCUCCCUAGUCACGCCGCAGUGGGCGUCGGGCACCUUCCACACCGGCCUCUCCAACGUCGCCAAGGUUACGGCCAUGGAGCAGAUCGUUUCGGCUGUAACCCUCCUCGCCCUGCCCGUGCUGACGAAGUUUGUCCUCUACCCGCGUCUGCGCGCCAAGGAGGUCGUCGACUUUUGGGUCAUCGUGGCCAGUCUGCUGGCCAGCAUUGUGGGCACUCUAGUUAUCGCCACGGCGCCGUCACUGGUAAUCUAUGCGGUGGGUGUCGCUAUCGCCGCCACGGGCAUGGGCCUAUCCGAUGCCCUGCGCUCCUUCGCCACAAGUGCCCUGGCCAACAAAGAGCUGGUACAGAUGUUGUACAUGAGCAUCCGCACCGUCCAGACGCUCGCGGCUAUUAUUGGGAUGCCGCUUUGUCACGCCAUUGAGAAAGUCUAUCAGGGCGACUCGCGCAGGUCUCCUGGUCACGGUAUCGGGAACACCUUCUCUGCUACCGGGGACACCAGACCGCAAGGCGCCCCGUACCUGCGCCACGCCAAAACUAGCCAAAGGUAG